AUGACUAGCUCCGAUGAGUUGCAAAGGCCCGGUGCUACCAGCAGCCUCUCUGAGUUCGCCGGUUUCAGCUCUUUCCAAGGUCAUGGGUUGCUGGGUGGUUUUCAUGCUCUCAUUGGUCUCGCUAGGCUGAUAGAUCUCAGUGCUUCCAGUGCUUUCGCCGUCCUCGAAGUUUUCAGAGCUUUCAGUGUCUUCCACAGUGGAUUUGGCAUUGGAUUGCUCUUGGCGCGUCCUCAGUACCGUGACCCUGCGUGGGGCUGCCGAGACUCUGCGUAG